GGAAACCUGAAUUUGGCAGUCGACCUGACCUCGUCUCCCAAUCCACCUUCUCAUCUCAUCCACCAACCAUUCGCCACCUCUUCGAUUGAAUCGAAUCAAUCGAUGUCUGUCUAUCCGUUGCAAUCAAUCUUCUGUUUGAAGACAAUCCAUUUCUACCGCAUGUACAUCAUGCAUUAAGUCAUCUUGUGUCUUUCUUGGGCUCAUCCCUACUACGCAGGCUAGGUCGCAUCAGGUCGCCUGUCACAGUUGCACCCUGCAUCACUACCCGGUUCAGCUCGAGUCUUGCGACACCUUAAUCCAACACUACACACUUGCCCGCGGUUACCGUCGCUCGCUUCAUGCUUCAAUCGCUUGCCAUUCACUCAUCAAUCUACCUGUAGCACUCUACCUUGUUCUACCAUCUCUUUCAAUCUUCGCGUGGUGGCAGCGUUGAUGCAAUGACUUCAAACAAUUCCGCCGAACAACCGGAAGCCCGAUCUGCUGCUCAAGACAUUCCUCAACAACCACGUCCGCAAGAAGAAUUACACACACCCACUCCGGUGGAGAUGUCGAGUCUCGCGAAGAACAAUCCUCUCCCCUCCGAACACGAUCCCUCCUCAUCCUCCCACCGAACCACAACCUCGGCAGAACCCCAUAUGCCAGGGCCGAUGAGAACAGAUACAACCACGGCCAUGAAUCAAUCCCUGCAGCCUCCUCCUCGUCCUCCUCCUGCAGUAGCGGAUCCUCAAGCAGUCACGAGGACGUUCUCUACGGCUAUUGGGCCUUCUUCAGAUUCACCUGUCGUCCCGGCCAAGGAUGUCGAGGUGACAGGCCCGGUCCUGGUGGUGACCUUACUUCUCACAUCAGGAGCAAGACACCCAUUCAGAUUGGACGCUAAAUACCUGGCCAAACGAAACGUUGAAGUGGCCGACGCCGAUCCGUUCAAUCUGAGUGUAUAUAAACUAAAAGAACUGAUUCUGCGCGAAUGGAGAGAAGAAUGGGAAGCGAAACCUAGCAGUCCCAAUUACAUUCGGCUAAUUAGUAUGGGCAAAAUGUUGGAUGAUAAGGCAUCCUUGAAGGACUAUAAAUUCGGCACAGACUCACCAAACGUCCUACAUAUGACGAUUAAACCUCAAGACUAUGUCGAAGACGAGGACGCCAAGGGUGGAAAGUCCUCCAUGGCGGGAAAUCGAGAAUCGGAGGGCAGAAGUCCAGGUUGUCGAUGCAUCAUCAUGUGAUCUUUGUUCCAGCACGAGUACAGGACUACUCGAAUACACGAACAUCGAAGCCUGUCUGAAAGGAGUCUGAUUGCCUGAUCCCCCUUAGACCCUCGAAGGCUGGUAUGUCGCUUGUGGGCAAUCUGGUCCAUGACUUGCGCGGGUUGUGUUCACUUUGAACUGGGCGUGGCGUUGGCCGGUGGAAGCACCUCGUCCUUUCUUCCGGUGGUUCCAUCUGUGAGCGGAGAGGCAGGCUGUUUUUUCACAGAUUCCCGAUUCAUUUCCUCCCUUGCGCUCUAGCACGAUCCGGGUGGAUCGAAGUUUUAGAUCGAUUCUGUUUGGAACAGGCUUAGAUGAGGUGCUGGACGACACUCACGCUGGAGAUCGAUCCGAUGAGGAGAGAAGCAUCGAGCGGCGACAAGACUGUAUAUAAGUCGGCACGACAUGGGCGCAAUAGCAAGGAUGGAGUUGCGUCGACCCAGGGUCAUGGCGCGAUACGAUUUUUAUCUCUUUUGCACGAGUUCUCGUGGCGUACAUACUGGUGGAAUGAUUAUACACAUUUUCCUGUUUCUGCCCAA